GUGGAGGUGUUACUGUAAAAUGCAAGUUGGAUAAAAGGAGGACCUCUCGCCAAGGGCCCCAAUGAGUGGCACACAGUCUACUAUCACCGACAGGUUUCCCCUCAAAAAACCUAUAAGGCAUGGAAGUAUUUUGAACCGAGAGUCACCAACAGAUAAGAAGCAGAAAGUUGAGCGCAGUACAUCACAUGAUUUUGACCCCACAGAUAGCUCCUCCAAGAAGACAAAGUCUAGUUCAGAGGAGAGUAGAUCCGAGAUAUAUGGUCUUGUUCAGCGUUGUGUGAUCAUCCAGAAGGAUGACAAUGGAUUUGGGCUGACGGUCAGUGGAGACAAUCCAGUGUUCGUACAGUCUGUCAAAGAAGAUGGAGCAGCCAUGCGGGCUGGCGUACAGACAGGUGAUCGAAUCAUCAAGGUGAAUGGAACUCUGGUGACUCAUUCAAACCAUCUGGAAGUGGUGAAGCUAAUCAAAUCGGGUUCCUAUGUAGCUCUCACUGUUCAGGGACGCCCACCUGGGUCGCCCCAGUUUCCACUUGCUGAUUCUGAAGUAGAGCCAUCAGUCGUUGGACAUAUGUCUCCCAUCAUGACAUCUCCUCAUUCACCUGGAGCAUCUGGGAAUAUGGAGAGAAUUACUAGUCCUGUGCUCAUGGGGGAGGAAAACAAUGUGGUUCAUAACCAGAAAGUAGAAAUUCUGAGAAAAAUGUUACAGAAAGAACAGGAACGGCUACAGUUAUUGCAGGAAGAUUACAGCCGAACACCUGCCCAAAGAUUGCUAAAAGAGAUCCAAGAGGCCAAGAAACACAUUCCUCAACUGCAAGAGCAGUUAUCCAAAGCCACAGGCUCUGCUCAGGAUGGAGCUGCAGUUACAUCCUCCAAGCCAUUAGGCGAUGGGCUAGCAGUCAGUGAAAUAGAAGCAGAUCCUGGUGAUGGACUAGGCAGAAUUGACUAUGGCAGUGGAGAUGCGUCUCGGCCCAGUAGUGAAAGUGCAGAUAGUCCCAAGAGUGGCCUGAAAGAGAGGAUUUAUCUAGAGGAAAACCCAGAGAAAAGUGAAGUAAUUCAGGACACUGACACUCAAUCACUUAUUGGGAGUCCCUCUACCCGUAUAGCACCUCAUAUUAUUGGAGCAGAGGAUGAUGACUUUGGUACUGAACAUGAACAGAUCAAUGGGCAGUGCAGCUGUUUCCAGAGCAUUGAACUGCUAAAAUCUCGCCCUGCUCACUUGGCUGUUUUCUUACACCAUGUAGUUUCACAGUUUGACCCUGCAACAUUGCUCUGUUAUCUCUAUUCAGACCUGUAUAAACAGACCAAUUCCAAGGAGACUCGUCGUGUCUUCCUUGAGUUUCAUCAGUUCUUCCUGGAUCGAUCUGCACACCUGAAAGUUUCUGUUCCUGAUGAAAUAUCAGUAGAUCUAGAAAAAAGAAGACCCGAGCUUAUUCCUGAGGAUCUACAUCGCCACUAUAUCCAAACUAUGCAAGAAAGAGUCCACCCAGAAGUUCAAAGGCACUUGGAAGAUUUUCGACAGAAACGUAGCAUGGGGCUGACGUUGGCUGAAAGCGAACUGACUAAAAUUGAUGCAGAGAGAGACAAGGACCGGGUAACUUUGGAGAAGGAACGGGCAUGUGCAGAGCAGAUUGUUGCCAAAAUUGAAGAAGUGUUAAUGACUGCUCAGGCUGUAGAAGAAGAUAAGAGUUCAACAAUGCAAUAUGUUAUUCUCAUGUACAUGAAGCAUUUGGGAGUAAAAGUGAAAGAACCUCGAAAUUUGGAGCACAAGCGAGGUCGGAUUGGAUUCCUUCCAAAAAUCAAGCAAAGUAUGAAGAAAGAUAGGGAAGGCGAAGAAAAAGGGAAGCGAAGAGGAUUCCCCAGCAUCUUGGGACCCCCAAGGAGACCGAGCCGUCAUGACAACAGUGCAAUUGGCAGAGCCAUGGAACUACAGAAGCAGCGCCACCCUAAGCACAUAUCCACACCCUCAUCUGUGAGUCCUGAACCUCAGGACUCUGCUAAGUUGCGCCAGAGUGGAUUAACAAGUGAAGGAGCAGACAUGGGAUACCUGCCAGCCAAUUCCAUGUCCUCCAUGGUUUCAGGGGCCACUCUUUCCCAGGAAGGAGGGAAAGAGAAUGAUAUGGGAUCAAAGCAAGUUGGAGAAACGCCAGCAUCUGGAGACUCCUUAGAUGGCACACCUCGUACUCCCAGUACCAUCUUUGACUUCCCACCUCCUCCAUUAGACCAAGUGCAGGAGGAGGAAUGGGAAGUGGAAAGGGUGACUGAACAUGGGACACCAAAGCCCUUUCGAAAGUUUGACAGCAUAGCUUUUGGAGAAAGUCAAAGUGAGGAUGAACAGUUUGAAAAUGACUUAGAGACAGAUCCACCCAACUGGCAACAGCUCGUUAGUCGAGAAGUGUUAUUGGCACUAAAGCCUUGUGAGAUCAAAAGACAGGAAGUAAUUAAUGAAUUGUUCUACACUGAAAGAGCUCAUGUUCGAACAUUGAAGGUUCUAGAUCAAGUGUUCUAUCAGCGAGUUUCCAGAGAAGGAAUUCUGUCACCUUCAGAACUACGGAAAAUUUUUUCAAACUUAGAAGAUAUUCUUCAACUUCACAUUGGGUUGAAUGAGCAAAUGAAGGCUGUUCGAAAGAGGAAUGAGACAUCUGUUAUUGAUCAGAUUGGGGAAGAUUUGCUGACUUGGUUCAGUGGACCCGGGGAGGAAAAGUUGAAACAUGCUGCUGCUACCUUUUGCAGUAACCAACCCUUUGCCCUGGAAAUGAUCAAGUCUCGUCAGAAAAAGGAUUCUCGAUUCCAGACUUUUGUGCAAGAUGCUGAGAGUAAUCCACUGUGUCGUCGUCUGCAGCUGAAAGACAUCAUUCCCACCCAAAUGCAGAGGCUUACUAAGUACCCUCUUCUAUUGGAUAAUAUUGCCAAAUACACAGAAUGGCCAACAGAAAGGGAGAAGGUGAAGAAAGCUGCCGAUCACUGUCGUCAGAUCUUAAAUUAUGUAAAUCAGGCUGUUAAGGAGGCAGAAAACAAGCAGCGCUUAGAAGAUUAUCAGCGUCGCCUUGAUACCUCCAAUCUGAAGUUGUCAGAGUACCCAAAUGUUGAAGAGCUCAGGAAUUUGGAUUUAACAAAAAGGAAGAUGAUUCACGAAGGGCCAUUGGUUUGGAAGGUGAAUAGAGAUAAAACUAUUGAUCUAUACACUUUGCUGCUGGAAGAUAUUCUUGUAUUGUUACAAAAGCAGGACGAUAGACUGGUGUUAAGGUGUCAUAGUAAGAUUCUGGCAUCUACAGGUGAUAGCAAACACACAUUUAGCCCUGUCAUCAAGUUGAAUACAGUGCUGGUUCGACAAGUGGCAACAGAUAACAAAGCUUUAUUCGUCAUCUCCAUGUCUGACAAUGGAGCCCAAAUUUAUGAACUGGUGGCACAGACAGUUUCUGAAAAGACUGUCUGGCAGGACCUAAUCUGUCGGAUGGCUGCAUCAGUGAAGGAGCAGUCCACAAAGCCAAUUCCACUGCCACAGUCACCACCUUGCGAAGGAGACAAUGAUGAAGAAGAACCUCCAAAAUUAAAAGUGGAACAUCAUGGCAUUUCAGUCACUGGUCUGCAGAGUCCAGACAGAGAUUUGGGAUUAGAGUCUCCUUUAAUUUCGUCAAAACCUCAAUCUCAUUCACUGGAUACCUCUGGGAAAUCGGAGGUGGAUGAUGAUCUCUUUGUGGCUGAGAGACAGUUUGCAAAGGAGCAGCAUGCAGAUGGAACUCUAAAGGAAGCUGGAGUCAAUUAUCAAAUCACAAUCCCAGAUCCACACUUGCCUGUCUCAGAAGAACGGUGGGCGUUGGAUGCACUAAGGAAUUUGGGUUUGUUGAAGCAGUUGCUGGUACAACAGCUGGGUUUGACUGAGAAGAGCACUCAGGAAGACUGGCCGCAUUUCCCGAGAUGCAGGACAGCCUCUCUGGGGGCGCAGGCAGACAGUGGAACCCAGAAGCCUGGCAAUAUUAAGGCCUAUCAUCCUUGUGAAGGACAGAUGCCCUUUAGAACUGGAACUGGUGACAUUUCAACUUGUUACAGUCCACGGACUUCAACUGAAUCUUCUGCUCCACGGGAUUCAGUGGUACUGGCAUUCCAAGAUAGCCAGGCAAGUAACAUUUUAGUAAUGGACCACAUGAUUAUGACCCCAGAGAUGCCUCCCGCAGAGCCAGAAGGGGGUCUUGAUGAGAGUGGAGAGCACUUUUUUGAUGCCCGUGAAGCACAUAGUGAUGAUAAUCCAUCAGAAGGUGAUGGAGCAGUUAAAAAGGAAGAGAAGGAUGUUAAUUUGCGCAUCUCAGGAACCUGUUUGAUCCUUGAUGGCUAUGAAACAGUGCAGGAGAGCUCCACGGAUGAGGAGAUUGCUUCCUCGCUUCCCCCGCAGCCCGCGACAGGCAUCCCCUCUAUGGACUCUACCCGCCGGCAGCAGCGUUCUCCCCAGAAUGCUCAUUCUGAUGGGGCAGUUUCACCUUUCACCCCAGAAUUCCUGGUCCAGCAGCGCUGGGGAGCUAUGGAGGAUUCCUGUCUUGAGAUCCGGAGUCCCUCCUCUUGUGCAGAUUCACAAAGCCAGAUCAUGGAGUACAUUCGUAAGAUAGAGGCUGACCUUGAACACUUAAAGAAGGUGGAGGAAAGUUACAGCAUUCUUUGCCAAAGGCUGGCUGGAUCAGCCCUCACAGACAAGCACUCAGAUAAAAGUUAGAGCCGCGUGUCCUGGAGGUGACUGCAGGUUGUUGGAUUUGAGCAUCGGCCUUGUAUCACCACGUCCUGGCUCCAGUGUGGACGCAGAGAGAGUGUGUGACAGAGGAUCUGCCUGCGAACACCCUGGGGUAGCCACGCCCCAGGGGCCCGGAGCGGGACUGGUUCCUCACAGCCUGGCAGCUGCACUAGUCUGUCAGUGAGGGGACGUCCGUUCUCUCACUCUGCUCUCCUCACUAUCAGAAAUGCAUUUUGAUUCAGAACAAAAACCAAAUGUAUAGAGCUUUGGGUGUAGAAUAUGAAAUUUUACUUAGACUUAAGAAAAAGAGAAAAUCAGAUGUAUUUAUUUGACUUCAUUCCGUAUUUGAAAGCACAUUUUAAUUUUUAUUUUGCCAUGUUUUGUUUUAACUGAGUAGUGAGAGUUUUAGCCCUUUGUACUUAGUACACCCAAGCAUCGAUUGCUCCCGAAGCAAAGAGUUCAGUAUGGGGUGUUAGGAGGUGGAGUAGAGAGGUGAAGAGCAGGACGGGGUAAGCAGGGCAGGGGGAAGCAUGUGGCCUCCACCAAACUGUAUCCCGUGCCCUCUGCUAUCCAGUAGGCUGCUUGUCUGAGGGUCACCUCAAAAGCGUAGUCUGCUGGGACUCCUGAGUGCAGAGGACUUGAGCUCUGUGCUCCCAGGUAGGGCUUCCUCCCACCCGAGGCAAGCACCUCUUCUCUGUAGCUGGGAUCCACUCCCAAUGAACAGGAAUCCUCAAUGUACUAGAGAGCAGGCACUUGAAAAUGGGUGUAUUUUCUUCUAUUGUCUCCUUUUCUGUUGAGGGUUGGGAUUUGGGAGGGAGAGGAAAGCAAAUUUUAUUUUCUUGACUGUAAGUUUGUUAUUCUUGGUAUUGUUUCAUUUUUAUAAUUAUACAUUAGACUUUGGCACUUGUGUAAAAUUACCCCUGCAGAUUGGGCAGGAAGUAAAAACAGGCAAACGGCGAUGCUUCAG